GGAGAAGCAUCUUUCUUGAACUGGUGACCACACUGUGGUGAAACUACUCAGAGAUGCAGCUGCCUUUGACUCAAGCAUGCUCCUGGUCAUUUCUCCUACUGCUGGCGUCACACCUGCUCCUCUGGGAGAAUGCGGCCUCCAUGCCACGGGUCCAGUUGUCCACUAAGGACCUGUAUGAACGUUUGAUCAUUCAGUCUCACCACAACCAUGGCCUUGCCAUACUGGUGUACAGUGAGUUUGCAGAAAAGUUUAUGAAACUGAGUUGGUUCUGGGAAAAGGAUCCAGUCCCCUGCCACACGGCUUCCAUCCCUACACCAAGCAGCCGUGAAGAAGUCCUCAACAGAACUACGGAAAACAUUCUGAAUGUGACCAUCAGCACUUUCCAUGCCUGGAGAGACGCCAUGAGGGACCUAGUGCCUGCAGUGGCUGCUCUGGAAGGGGCCUCUGAUGAGUAUCCCGGCACUGAAGAAGGCGCCUAUCCCGCUUGGACCGGACAGGCAGACUUGAAGUCGCCCAACGAGGACACUCGCCACUUUGCUCUUUUCAACAUGAUUCGCUGCCUGAGCAGGGACACGCACAGGGCUGACAACUACCUCAAGGUCCUGAGGUGCCGGGAGGUCUUUAACAAUGCGUGCUGA